AUGGCGUACGCUAAGCUCGCAGCCCUGGCCAUGCUCGUGCUCCUACUGCAGGCGUCAACCGGCACCGCUGCCCGCUCGCCGCCGGCCGUUUCGACCUCCAAGAUCGACGGCAUGCCGGGGGUGAUGACGGUCAACGGGUUCGAGCGCGGCGAGGACGGCGGCGGGCCGGCGGAGUGCGACGGCAAGUACCACAGCGACGAUGACAUGCUGGUGGCGCUGCCGACGGGGUUAUACCAGGGCGGGGCCCGGUGCUUCAAGAUGAUCCGCAUCACCAGCGCGGGCACCGGGCCGAGCGUGGAGGCCAUGGUGGUGGACGAGUGCGACUCCAGGAAGGGCUGCAAGAACAACAUCGUCGACACCUCCAAGGCCGUGUGGAAGGCCCUCGGGCUCGACACCAACGUCGGCGAGGUGCCCGUCACUUGGUCCGACGUCUGAGUUAACCGCGUCGGUACAUCGGUCGCUGAAUAAUUGGCUGCAGC